UUUUACAUCACACAUAAUACCAUAGUAUCCCAAGUAAUAAGUGUUGCUUCUCAACAAUGUGUUGUUUGUGACUGUCGCUCAUUUGUGUGUGCACAGCGAACCCGCCCCUUCAGCAAUGAGUGCACUGCAUCAUUUCGGGGCAGAGAUGUUGCGUCUGUCUCGUGGCUUGGAAGCUUCCGCAGCAUCUAAACCGUCUAGCAGAGGGACCAACAUAUCAGAACGGGGAGGAAUGCUUACACCAGGUUCUCUAAGUGUUUCUUCUAGCUCCCCAUCAUCAAUGCUUCAGGAAAAACGACGGUUAUCGACGUUUGAUACAAAUACGCCCUUGAAUAGACCACGCAGUGCAUCUGAUGAUGACACAAAUGAUGGACUGCUUGCACCUGUUACAUUGACAACCAAGUCCAGGAGUUCAGAGGACGGCCUUUUAUUACCACCACCUUGCACUUGUCCUUAUUUUGGGUCAGAUGCGACACCGCCAAGACGCACUACGGAAGUAAUUAUAGUUCCAGGAGGAGACAUAACUGACUGCAAUGGAUAUCCUAGGAAUGGAAACCUAAAAAACGAUGAACCUUCAACUCCAUUUUUUAGACGAUCUAGUCGGGGUGCAUCAUCUAUAGUUACUUGGGAAGAAGCAAGGAGAUUUAGAAGAGGAUCCAGUUUCGGUGGUGCCCGAACAACACUUUCUACAUCUGCUAGAACUAUUCGGAACCAAAGGUCUAUUAACAAUCGUCAGCAAACUAAUGUUACUCCCAGUCCUCAGCGUCAGCUUCCGAGAACUCAUCAUUCUAGAAAUUCCAGUGUUAUAUCUCGCAAUUCAUCUCGCCACGGGCGAAUCUUACGAUUGGAACAAAAAGCAACUAAGGUUCUCGGGGUAGUAUUUUUCACUUUUGUUGUUCUUUGGGCUCCAUUUUUCAUUCUCAAUAUGGUUCCGGUAGUGUGUCCUGAAUGCGAAAGAAGAAUUGCGAGUUGGGUAUUUGAUUUUGUCCUUUGGCUAGGCUAUGCCAGUUCAAUGGUUAAUCCAAUAUUCUAUACAAUAUUUAAUAAGGUAUUCAGGCAAGCAUUCAAAAAGGUAUUAUCUUGUCAGUAUUGUAAGUCGAGAAGGUAGCCCGCACCCUGGGAGCGCGUCCGUCCAACGUCGGAUCCCGGCCUCGGCGCGCUCUCAGUAAAUAGAAACAUUCGAUCGCAAUUUGUGUGAUGCAUUUUCAAUACGCUUUUAGUUGAGAAUUUUAGAUUUAUAAGAUAUCUAUUUUGUAGUAUAAAAAUUUAUAUUUUUUAAAUUGUAACUAUAUACACAAUAUGUAUAAAGAUAUGUACACAUUUUAAAUUGUUCGAAAUUUUUAGUUACUUUAAGACAAUUAUAAGUUAUUUAACACCAAUAAUACAUUCUGAUUUAAAAAAUUAUACUUUUAGUUUAAAGUGAAGCUUUUUUAAAUCUAUUCAAAAUAUGUAACUCGUAACGUUACAGUAGAUUCAAUUAUUAUAAGAACUCGUAUUAUAUUAAGUAGAAACGAGGAGUCGCGAUGAAUUAUGAAUAAAAUGUUAGUAUUAUGUGAAUUGAAAUUGAUUAAUAGCUUUUAUUUCCUAUGAUAUAAAUAUUAUACAACAAUACGUUUUACACCAUUAUUAAGUUAAAUUUAUAGAAAAAAAUUAUGAAAAUAUAACAGGAAUUAAUAAAAAAAAGAUGUCCUAAAACUAUAACACUCCUUGAUUAAAUAAAUAUUAUGAAUUUGCACUUAGACACAAGAAAAUAAAUAAGACGAUUAAUCGAAAUAAAUGUUUAUCUAUCAUAAAUGAUAAUUGUUACCUUUAAAAAAAUAUCAACUAAAAUUCAAAUACGAAAUGUAGAAUGAAUAAUUCGUUAACGGAAUAAAACCUAAACAUAAGCGGAUCUAUCAAAUGGCAGCUUUAAUCUGCUUUAUAUAAAAUAACUAAUUCGGGGACGAGCGUCAGCACACGAUAGCACACUUAAUUGGUAAAGCAAAUGGAGCCCGUUGUUCCAGAGGUCACAGCUUCUUAUUCUGCAAUCUGCAAAUGUGUAGACAUUACAUACAGAUUUUUCACUCUACAUUUUUCACUUGAAUCUUUAUUCAAAUAUAAUCUCAGCAUUGCUGUAAUGUUAAAAACGUAAUUAUACGAAAAAUACAUCAAUUACGACGAGGUGCUUUCUGGGCGCUAAAUAAUCUUUAAAGUAUCCGCUUUAAUGUUAAUUAGCAUAACGUUUUCAUUUACUUUAUUGUCAUUAAUGUAUUUGUUGUUUCACUUAAGAAUAUAAGUUACUGUAUUAAAAGUAUAGAAAGCUAUUUUGCUAUUGUAAUUCUAAAUAACAUAUCGAACUAUUAAUGUAUUUAAAUACUACAAGAAGCUAGUCACGAUAGAUCUCACGUAGUGUAGUCUAUUUACAGAAUAUAUUUUAGUAAUUGUUGUAUAAAACCUAUAAUCGUUUUUACUUUUUGUAGUAAUAAAAAUUAAAUGUAAAUAAAUACUUUAUUGUAAAUAAUAUAGAUGUUUCAUAAAAAUAGAUGAUACUCACAAAUAGUUAUUAAAUAAAAAUUAAUACGUGUUAUAAUACUU